AUGAAUUGGUUUUCUAUUCUGGCAAAAAAUGAUUGGAAGACCACUUUUGUAUUGUGGAAUAGCAAUGCUGCAUUGGCUCAUUAUCUACCCUGUUUGAGAAGAUCUUUGCAUAAUGGUGACUUCAACAUUCAUCCCUUGGUAAAAGAAGCUAUGGAGAGUAGAAAACCAGUUGUUGCCUUGGAAAGCACCAUAGUCACACAUGGCAUGCCGUAUCCACAGAAUCUGAGCAUGGGCAGAGAAGUGGAAGAAAUUGUCAGAGCAAAUGGGUGUGUGCCAGCAACUAUUGGCAUAUUAAAUGGCCGCAUUCAUGUAGGCUUCCAAGAUGAAGAACUUGAAAUCCUUGCAACAGCCAAGGACAUAAUGAAGGUCUCUCGCAGAGACUUCCCCUAUGUUCUCAGCCAGGGAUUGUCUGGGGGAACUACUGUGGCGGGAACCAUGAUUGUGGCACACAAAGCAAGAAUUCCAGUAUUUGUAACUGGAGGAAUUGGAGGGGUCCACCGGGGAGGAGAAAAGACUUUGGAUGUGAGUGCUGAUCUGACUGAGUUAAGUCGUACUCCAGUUGCUGUAAUUUCUGCAGGUGUUAAGUCUAUACUUGAUAUCGGCAGGACACUGGAGUAUUUGGAAACUCAAGGAGUCUGUGUGGCCACCUUUGGAAAAUCAAGAGAAUUCCCAGCCUUCUUCUCUCACCGAAGUGGCUUCCAGGCACCAUACCAGGUGCAGGAUGAGAAAGCUGCUGCUCAACUAAUUGCCAGGUCAUUAACUUUGCAGCUGGGCAGUGGAGUCCUGAUUGCCGUUCCCUGUCCUCCACAUGAAGCUGCUUCUGGGCAGCUUAUUGAACAAACAAUCCAGCAAGCUUUGGAUGAAGCUCAGAGAAAAAAGGUCAAAGGGAAGGAGCUCACACCCUUUUUGCUGCAGAGGGUAAAUGAGUUAUCUGGUGGAGAAUCACUGAAGUCCAAUAUUGCAUUGAUCAAGAAUAAUGCCAUAGUGGGCAGUCGUAUUGCUGUAGCCCUGAAUAAGCUCCAAAAAGGUCAGGGCAGGAGAGGCAGCUUGUCUCAAAAUGAAAACAUACCUGAUGUGCCAAGACCAGUAGUCAUUGGUGGCAUCAACAUUGACAUCAUAGCCAAGGCAAAAGCUGCAACAAUUAAAGAUGGAGGGCAGACAAAUCCAUCCACAGUGAGACAAUCUUUUGGCGGUGUUGGCAAAAAUCUAGCAGAUUGCUUAAGUCGUCUUGGGAAGAUGCCUGUUUUUAUCUCAGUCAUGGGGAAAGAUGAGCAUUCAGAAUCUGUUCUGCAACACUGCAGGCAUAUGGAUAUGAGAGGAGUCUUACAACUGAAAGGACACAACACAGCAACUUACUGUGCUGUAAUCACAGGCACUGGAGAACUUACCUUUGGUUUGGGAGACAUGGAAAUCCACCAGCAGAUAACAGAGCAAUAUGUGUCACAGUUCAAGGAGAAUCUGUGCUUGGCUCCAAUAAUAUGCAUUGAUGGGAAUGUGCCAGUUUCUACCAUUGAGUACAUCUGUCAGAUUGCCAGAGAACAUCACUUAGCAGUGUACUAUGAACCUACGGAUGUGAACAAAGCUUCGAAGCCUUUUCUUUCAGAGAGUUGGAGAGGUCUGAGCUGCAUAUCUCCCAACCUUCGGGAACUCAGAGCCAUCAGUCAGACCCUGGGAAAUCCUGUGCCAACAGAUCUGCCAUCAAAAGUGGAGGAUAUUAUCAAGACUGCUACUGUUCUGGUUUACCCUUUAUUGAGAGGGCUACACUGUGUGGUAGUAACUCUUGGUCAACAUGGAGUCCUGCUGUGUGGCCGAAGCAAGGGUGGAAGUGUCUCUCUGCACCCUCAAACAUGCUGUGAGAAUGCUACAGAGGAAUUACGUGCUGUUCACUACCCAGCGCUCCCUGUCCCCACUGAAGAGAUAGUGAAUGUCUCUGGAGCUGGUGAUAGUUUAAUGGCUGGAAUCAUCGCUGGGCUGCUUGCUGGGGAAGACACAGAUAACUGCAUCCAGAUGGGCCUCCUCUUAGCCAGUCUUUCCCUCCGCUCUUAUGAGCCUGUUUCUCCAGAGAUCAACAGCACCAGUGUGAGCUUGUAUUCCUGCUCUGGUAUCCAGUUGAAAGCCUGCCGAAAACCGUCUGAUUGUGAUGGCUGCUUGGGCCUCUAUACUUGCAAACUUCCAAAAGGAAAGUGCGACUUCAAAGCAGUUUCCCGACAAACAGGUGGCUUCCUCCGGAGUAUUGAGGAAAGAUUAAAUAUACGGUCUCGGUGAAAAGCUGAUCCAAAACAUUUCAGUGUAUUUUGGG